GGCGGACGCCGCCUGGUGAGAAGCAGGCAGCCAAGACUCUCACCAAGGUAGAAUGGGUGAGGAGGGGCCUCCCAGCCUGGAGUAUAUCCAAGCCAAGGAUCUCUUCCCCCCCAAGGAACUAGUGAAGGAGGAGGAAAAUCUGCAGGUGCCUUUCACAGUGCUGCAGGGUGAGGGAGUGGAGUUUCUGGGCCGGGCAGCUGAUGCCCUCAUUGCCAUCUCCAACUAUCGGCUGCAUAUCAAGUUCAAGGACUCUGUCAUCAACGUUCCCCUCCGGAUGAUUGACAGUGUGGAGAGUCGUGAUAUGUUCCAGUUGCAUAUUUCCUGCAAGGACUCCAAAGUGGUGAGGUGUCACUUCUCAACUUUCAAGCAGUGCCAAGAGUGGCUCUCGAGGCUAAGCCGGGCCACAGUAAGACCUGCUAAGCCCGAGGACCUCUUUGCCUUUGCCUACCACGCCUGGUGCCUGGGACUGACUGAGGAGGACCAACAUACCCAUCUGUGUCAGCCAGGAGAGCACAUACGAUGUCGACAGGAGGCAGAGCUUGCAAGAAUGGGCUUUGACCUGCAGAAUGUCUGGAGAAUCUCACACAUCAACAGCAAUUAUAAAUUGUGCCCCAGCUACCCCCAGAAGCUGCUGGUUCCUGUGUGGAUCACAGAUAAAGAGUUGGAGAAUGUGGCUUCCUUCCGUUCCUGGAAGCGGAUCCCCGUGGUUGUGUAUAGACAUCUGCGCAAUGGGGCUGCCAUUGCCCGCUGCAGCCAGCCCGAGAUCAGCUGGUGGGGCUGGCGCAACGCUGAUGAUGAGUACCUGGUCACAUCUAUUGCCAAAGCCUGUGCCCUGGACCCCGGGAUGAAGGCCACGGGGUGCUCCUCCAGCACUGGGACGAGUGAUGCGAGUGAGGCGUGUGACACUGACUUUGACUCCUCCCUGACAGCAUGCAAUGGGGUGGAGAGCACAACGGCUCCCCAGAAGCUGCUGAUCCUGGAUGCGCGCUCCUACACAGCAGCAGUGGCCAAUCGGGCUAAGGGUGGAGGUUGUGAAUGUGAAGAGUACUAUCCCAACUGUGAAGUUGUGUUCAUGGGCAUGGCCAACAUCCAUGCCAUCCGGAAUAGCUUCCAGUACCUCCGUGCUGUGUGCAGCCAGAUGCCAGACCCCAGCAACUGGCUGUCAGCCCUGGAGAGCACCAAAUGGCUGCAGCACUUGUCGGUGAUGCUCAAGGCAGCUGUGCUGGUGGCUAAUACAGUGGACCGGGAAGGCCGUCCUGUGCUGGUCCACUGCUCAGAUGGCUGGGAUCGGACACCACAGAUUGUAGCCCUGGCCAAAUUACUACUGGACCCGUAUUACAGGACAUUGGAGGGCUUCCAAGUAUUGGUGGAGUCUGACUGGCUGGAUUUUGGGCACAAGUUUGGAGACCGCUGUGGCCACCAGGAGAAUGCAGAGGAUCAAAACGAACAAUGUCCUGUGUUCCUCCAGUGGCUUGAUUCUGUUCAUCAGUUGCUCAAGCAGUUCCCCUGCCUGUUUGAGUUUAACGAAGCAUUCCUGGUAAAACUGGUUCAGCACACGUAUUCCUGCCUCUACGGCACAUUCCUGGCUAACAACCCCUGUGAGCGAGAGAAGCGGAACAUCUACAAACGGACCUGCUCUGUGUGGGCUCUCCUGAGAGCUGGCAAUAAGAACUUCCAUAACUUCCUGUAUACACCCAGCUCUGACAUGGUCCUGCAUCCUGUGUGUCACGUUCGAGCCCUGCACCUCUGGACAGCUGUUUAUCUGCCAGCCUCAUCUCCAUGCACACUUGGGGAGGAAAAUAUGGAUCUUUACCUUUCCCCAGUGACUCAGAGCCAGGAGUUCUCUGCCCGCUCUCUAGACAGAUUGCCUAAAACCAGAUCCAUGGAUGACCUUCUUUCUGCCUGUGACACAAGCAGCCCCUUGACUCGCACGUCAAGUGACCCUAACCUGAAUAACCACUGCCCGGAGGCCAGGGUAGGCCUGGAGCCCUGGCACAGCAAUCCUGAAGAAUCAGAGACAACCUUUGUGGAAUGUGGGGCAGGAGGUCCUCAGCUGAUUACAGGAGAAAUGGGUCUUUCUCCUUCUGUGUCCAACAGCCAGAAAGACUACUUGAGCAAUAAACCUUUCAAGAGCCACAAAGCCUAUUCUCCGAGUUGUAAACUGCUCAGUACUGUAGUGCCCCAGGAAGUGAAGAGCGACACCGUUGACCGUGAGAUCAAAGUCCUAGCAGAGACUGAAAUGCCAGCUGCAGACCCUCCUGCCCAGGAUGAGCUGAGUAGGACUUUAGUUGGCACAGGGGAGGAGCCGUCUGAACAUUGUCUUGAAAAAGAUGCUGUUACUGCACUCUCAAAGGCCACUUUCAACAAGUGUGAUGGAAUUUGUAAUUUUCCUGAGUCUUCCCAGAACUCUCUUACAGGCACCCCUCAACAGACACAGCUAGACUCCAUACUCAGUGUGCCCUCCACUUGUGCUUCAGAUCCCAGUCUGAGUACCCUUUGCAACCCACUGAGUGCUACCUGCCAAACUCCAUUAGACCCAAGUCCUGGCAUCCUCAGCCAAGAUCCCCCAGAGUCUGGGGCAAGUAUCGUCCACCAGGAACUUCCUAGUUCUGUACCAGAUAUGAUUCACGGGGAAGACACUGGCAAAAGAGGGACUAGUAGGAAUGGGCCUCGCUUUGGGAAAAUGCCAUUGGAAUUGGCCCGAAAGACAAUUUCUCAGAGCCAGAUCAGUGAGUUCUCUUUUCUAGGGUCCAACUGGGACAGCUUCCAAGGGAUGGUGACUUCAUUGCCGAGCGGGGAGACCACCCCUCGACGGCUGCUUUCCUAUGGCUGUUGUAGUAAGCGGUCAGGCAGCAAGCAGAUGCGGGCAACAGGUCCCUGCUUUGGGGGCCAAUGGGCUCAGAGAGAAGGUGUGAAGUCACCUGUCUGCUCGAGUCAUUCCAAUGGACACUGUACUGGUCCAGGAGGCAAAAACCGGAUGUGGUUUUCUGGUCACCCAAAGCAGGUCUCCAGUACAAAGCCUGUUCCACUGAACUGCCCUUCUCCAGUGCCUCCUCUCUACCUGGAUGACGAUGGGCUCCCCUUUCCUACGGAUGUGAUCCAGCACAGGUUACGGCAGAUUGAAGCAGGCUACAAACAAGAGGUAGAGCAGCUACGUCGACAAGUCCGGGAGCUUCAGAUGAGGCUAGAUAUCCGUCACUGCUGUGCUCCUCCAGCAGAGCCCCCCAUGGACUAUGAGGAUGAUUUUACGUGUCUGAAGGAGUCAGAUGGUAGUGAUACAGAGGAUUUUGGCUCUGAUCACAGUGAAGACUGCCUUUCAGAAGCAAGCUGGGAACCUGUUGAUAAGAAAGAAACUGAGGUGACUCGCUGGGUUCCAGAUCAUAUGGCAUCACAUUGCUAUAACUGUGACUGUGAAUUCUGGUUGGCCAAACGAAGACACCAUUGCAGAAAUUGUGGGAAUGUAUUUUGUGCUGGAUGCUGCCAUCUGAAGUUGCCCAUUCCUGAUCAACAGCUCUACGACCCAGUUCUUGUCUGUAACUCAUGUUACGAACACAUCCAAGUAUCUCGUGCCAGGGAACUCAUGAGCCAACAUCUGAAGAAACCCAUUGCUACAGCUUCCAGCUGAAUGCCAGAGGAG